CGGAAGCGAUUUCAGAGAUCUUCUUGAGAGUGUAGGCACGAUCACAAAACAGCAUAACACGCUCACACGUAGCGGGGAUUCCUCCGACAUUGUUUGUACAUUCAGUGACUCAGCCUGGUUCAGCCACAGCGUAGCGCCGUCGAUUUUGUACGGUACUGAACUGUUUAUGUCAAGCGCAAAAAAGCAGAAAACCAACAUGGAGACGGUGCAGUUCUACGACGACACGCACAACCCAUGGCUCAACAAGAAAAAGACCAUGACGCUGGAUCUGGUCAACGGCGGCCCUACCAAGAAGAGGACCUCCGUGGCCCUGCUUUCCACGCCAGACGUCCAAAUGCUCAAACUGGCGUCUCCAGAACUCGAGAAAAUGAUCAUCUCCCAGCAGGGCACGGUGUGCACCACGCCGACGCCAACCCAGUUCAUCUGUCCGAAGAACGUUACAGAGGAGCAGGCGGCCUUUGCACAGGGAUUCGUUGAGGCUCUUCAGAGUCUGCACCAAACUCAGAGCCAUGUUCAGGGCGAAGGGGAAGACGGCAGCGGGUCUGACCAUGAAGACAACAAGGUGGCCCUGAUGCAAGUCAUCCAGCAAGCCCCGGCUCAGCAGAACUCGUGCAUAGUAACAACGGCCACUGCAGUCGCUGCUGCUGCUCCAUUGGAAUACAAUCCCGCCAUGCCCACCACCACAGCCCUGCCGGGCGCUACCGUCAGCUACCCCAGCCGCACCUCGGCUAUCGCCACAACCAUGUCAACGGUGGACACUUCAGUCAUCACCAACAAUGGUUGGUCGCACCUGCCGCACAUCAAGCAGGAACCCGAACAGUCGCAGAUCGUCCCGGUAUUCAAUGGGCACGGCACCCCUCCCCUUUCCCCCAUCAACAUGGAGUCACAGGAGAGGAUCAAGGCGGAGCGGAAGCGACUGAGAAACCGGGUAGCAGCCAGCAAGUGCAGACGACGAAAGCUGGAGCGCAUCUCGCGUCUGGAGGAAAAAGUCAAAGAACUCAAGGACCAGAACACCCAGCUGUCCACCACGGCCACAAAACUGAGAGAGCAAGUGUGUCAACUUAAGCAGAGCGUCAUGGAACACGUCAAGAAUGGGUGUCAAGUCAUGCUCGCCCAGCAACUCGCUUUUUAAAUUAUUGGACUUGUGCAUAGUUAUCAACGGACAGUGUCAUAAUAUUUGUAAAUAUUUUGUCAAAUUCUUUCUCUUUUGAAGUUGAAUAUUAUUGAAAGUACUGAACGUUCGAGCGGGACUCACGUGCUGGAUCUAGUGCUUGACAUGUUAUAUAAGAAAGCGAGGCAUGUUUUGCCGUCCUGAAAAGUUAUGAGCGGAGUUUGGUUUUAUCGGAAUUAUCCAUAUCACCAGUCAGUGGUUAUUCAAAGUUUAUGCCAAUGUUUUUCUUGCUGUAAACGCUGUUAAAAAUUUAUGAUACAGCCUUCUAGUAUCGCGUAUUAAAAAAAAUCCCUUAAAAUUCCAAAAUAGCUGUGUCCAAGAAAAAUGUUUUCAUGUCUGUGCAUUCAGAAUCCGUCUAUUUAAUCUGUUUAGUGGAAUGCGGUUGCGAACAAAGACCGCGCGACCUUGGGCUAUGCAUAAUGGCCCUCGUACUCCGGUGAACGCGCAUAAUCAGUACCGCAAAUCUGCCGUCAAUGGUAGGCCGUAAAACCGUGCCUGCCAACGGCAUGCCUUCGCUGUAUGUAUCCUGCAUGAUUAGAACCGCCGCUUGUCUGGCUAUGUGCCACAGCCCAACACCAUAUUAUCAUUACCAGCGUGCCUUGGGCAAGGUCUGGCCUCUCAAAUUUGGGGGAUAUUUCGGUGUGGAAAUGGGCAGGCUUUUUAAUUCAAAUGCAACUGGAGUGUUGGCGUUUGCGGGCUUGGCGCUUCGAUUUACAGUCGGUAAUUGAAGUGGCUUGCGGUGUGGCUUUUUUGGAGGUUGUUUGUGCAGGCGCGGAAUGCACAGUUCAUAGGAGAAGCCUUGUUAAUGUUAUGCUGGGGUCAUGUCACUGAACUGAGUGGAAUUAAAAUAUACGCGUACAAGGACAGUUGUUCACUGUUAUCCCUUACAAGGACAACAGACCAACUGUUGUAUUGCAUUUGCAAGGUUGAGGAAGGCCGUGAGUUCACGCCAUGAUGCGAUAGUUUGCAUGUAUCGUCUGCACCAUCUUUUGCCAGAAUUACUCCCAUCUGAACUUAAAAUUACAAGAAGCCACCUUCGGAGAGUAAAAGAAAAACCAUAGGGUGAAUUCUUGUUAGAAUUAUGACUGCAUGCAGAUGAAAUUUUUGAUGACUUCUUGUGGAAAAAAAUCAUAAAAAAUUGAAUGUACAUGUAACUAAUUCAGGACAGAAGCCCGUUGGGGUUUGUAAAAAUUUACCGAUGCAAAUUUGUAAGCUACAAUGUGGCACUCGAUUGAAUGAAUGGCAGUCUGUCACGUUGAUGUUGUACAUAUUUCCAAUUUCUCCAUUUCAUGUUGAUAUGGUGGUUCGUUGGUCAAACGAGAGUGCACGCUUACCGUCAGCUCUGCGCUUUUCUUCAGGGUUGUCUUGCCAGAACAGUGGUUUGUUAAAAUACGAUAUACCUGUGUCAAUAAACUGCUCUGUGAUAAAAGAA